UCCAUCAAAGACCUACUGAGACUGAGAACUUGUGGCACCCUAAAAUGUCUGAAAACCGACAAUUAAGCUACAAUAGGCAUGAUGAAAGUGAUGACGAAGCUGAUAUACCUUCUAUCAAACAAUUCCACCGUGAAGAAGAUGAGAGGGAUGAAGAAUCUUCUACCAAACAGACGCAGAACCGUGACAUUAAUGAAGUCGCAGAGGCUACUGUAAAAAAGCCAAAAGCUCAAGAUAUGAUAUCUAGAAUUAACACGACUGACAGAUUGAACAGACAACAAAAUACCAUUCAGGUUGGCAAUUAUUAUGUUAAAAAUGAAUCUUAUUUUUCAGAUUUGACAGACUUUAGAUUAUUUGCAGAAGUUGCACAAGCAGGACGAGCUCGUGCUGAAUACAGCAUAUUUGAGGCAGAAACCAAAGGUCCAAGCGCCUCAGCUGGUGCUGGAGUCAGUCCGGUUAAAGUCGAAGCAAUGGCUCGAGCUGAAGUUGCCAGUGCAUCAGCUAGUGUCGGUCCAGUUGGUGUGAAAGUGGGACUUGGAUUUGACACGGGUGCAUCUGUUGGUGAGGAUGGGGUGGAGGCCAAAAUCCUGGGAACUGGAUUCUCAAUUGGUCAAAAAAACAGCAUAUCUGUUCUGGGUUCAGAAGCAUCAUGUUCAGUCAUGUAGUCAUAGAGGUAUUAAUUACCUUGGAAUAUUGAUGUGUAACUUUUUACUACUGAACCAUGAAGAAAAAAAAAAAAAAUUUUAACCAGUUAUAAAGCAUAAUUAGUACCGUCAUUGAGUUAUAAUACACAGAAUUAUACUUUAACAAAACAAAAAUAAUGUUGUUUUCAGAUUUUAUAAUUCUACAAAUGUCACGACUUUUGUUUUCAUUUCAGAAUAAAUAUUUGUAUUUGAUUAUGUAUGUUUAUGGUUAUUGCUUUUCUCUUCAGAGCUGUCAUUCCAAGCUUUUAUGUUAAAAUAAUGUCUUCACUUUGGACUUCUGCAUCAAUCGUAGAAGUCACCAAAAUAUCUUACAUGCAAAGCAUAUCAUUAAAGGAACAGUGUACCAAAAAAAAAUUAUUUUCAUGACAUGAAAACUGAUUCGUGCUUUUGUUUCAUCUAGAUUGGAUUAUUGCAACUCAUUAUAUUUGGGGCUGUCUAAAAACCUGCUCUCGGGUUGCAACUGGUACAAAAUUCUGCAGCUAGACUGUUGAUGGGCACAAGGAAAUAAUCCAGUAUUUCUCCGGUGCUGGCGUCUUUGCAUUGGCUUCCUGUUGAUUUUAGGAAAUCAAUCAAUCAAUCACCUUUAUUUAUAUAGUGCU